AAAAUUGUAACAAUAAGUAAUUAUAAAAUUUCCCCUCAAAAGUUAUUAACGUUAUCAAUGUUUGUCAUACUAAAUAGUGGCAGUCAUGUUUUUGUUUUAUUUUACAUGAAGACACCAGCAUUUGUAUAAACCUAAUUUGAUCACUCUAAACACCCUGUGAUUCUAGCAACCUCUGUGGGAACAAAACAGAGUUAACAUUUCAAAUCAUCAGAAGUUUUCAUCAGAAGCAUAUUAACUUUGUUUUCUUUCUACAGAUACUGACAGACCUGCUGAGUUUCUCCUGCAAGUUUUGUUUUUCUUGCAGACUCCAACAUCUGCAGUUCUUUGUUUUAUGUGCGCAUCAUGAGUUUUGCUUCAGUUCCUCAAUACAGCUCAAUGUUUAUCCUGCCACAUUCCCGUGGAAGUUCUCAUGGGCAAACUCGGAUUAUCCGGAAUAGCUACUCCAAACCUUAUUACACAGAGAUGAUGACUGAAUGCUUCCAACUCUGGAAGCAACUGGAAGCUGAAGCUAAUGUUGAACUAUUCAGACAAACAGGUUUGUUGGUUCUUGGCAAAGAAGGGAACCCAGAAUUUCAAGCCAUGAAGUCAACAUUGGUCAACAACCAGAUUCCGAUGGAGAGUUUCACAUCUGAAGAACUUUCAAGGAGAUUUCCAGCAGUAAACCUUCCAAAAGAAGAAUCUGCUGUUCUUGAUAAAUCAGCUGGGAUCUUGUAUGCUGAUCGAGCGUUGAAGUCUGUCCAGGAUUUGUUCCGGAGGUUUGGAGGUACCAUUUGUGAUGGUGAAAAAGUUGUUGAUAUACAACCUGGAUCUCCGGUUACCGUGACAACCACCGCAGGAAUUUACAGAGCGAAGAGUCUAGUGAUUACAGCUGGGCCUUGGUCGAAUAAACUAUUGAACCUCGUGGGACUGCAACUUCCUCUGAAGACACUGAGGAUCGUGGUUUGUUACUGGAAGGAGAAAGUCCUUGGAACAUAUGGAAUUCAGAAGGGACAUCCUUGCUUUAUAAAAAUUUCUGACUCCAUUGAACAUCAUAUCUAUGGUCUUCCUUCCAAUGAAUAUCCGGGACUUAUGAAGGUCUGCUACCACAGUGGCAGUGAUGCUGACCCAGAUGAACGUGAUAUCGUAUUUCAGCAGCCUUCUCAGGAUGUGAACAUUCUGAGCACCUUUUUAUCUAAAGAGUUUCCUGGCGUGGAUCCAAAGCCUGCGAUUGUUGAAUACUGCAUGUAUACAGUUACCCCAGAUUCAGACUUCAUUCUGGAUUAUCAUCCAGAGCACAGCAACAUCAUCAUUGGAGCUGGAUUCUCAGGUCAUGGUUUCAAGCUUGCCCCAGUGGUUGGAAAAAUCCUCUGUGAACUCAGCCUGGGAAAAAGACCAUCCUACAAUCUUUCUCCUUUCAAAAUGCAUCGUUUUGGAUUAAAUCUGAAGUCUUUGUUGUAAGGCAGCAGAGCCUGGAUAUGACGAUUUGAACAAUACUUUAUGUUCGAAGAAUGUGACAUCUACAAUUUUUUGAUCAAUGAAAAUAAUAAUGCUUGGGUUGGGGGACAGAAAUUUAACAUGGUUUCUUCCAACACCUUCAUAACACAAAAAACACCCACAGCUUUUUAUCCUAUAAAGAUUGCAUUAAAUUAGAAUUUACCUGUUUUCUGAAAGAAGAUUACUGACAGCCAGUCAUGUCACAAUUGUUUAUGGGCAUUUUAUUGUUCAGAGGAAAAGGACACAAGAGCUUCACUAGCUUAAGAAGGUUUUCAUCAGCAAAGUCUGGAUAAGAAUCAGCUGUAGUCAACAGACUGACUGAAAGGCCAGGGUACUGUGUAUAAAAGAUAAUUAACUGCAGCAGUAGAAAUUGAACUCUACUAAUUCUCUACCAAUUCUUUCAAAUUCUGAAACUUCAGUUUAGCAACAGAUACUUAAACAGAUUAUCCUUUUCUCUUUAUUUUCCCUGACACUCCUAGUUUUUAUUAUUGUGCUACUCAAUGGGUCAGAGGAUAAUAUAUUUAUGAAUUAUUAGAAUUCUAAUUCAGAAUUAUUACAUCCUAUAUUAGAAUGUAUUAUUGUGCCAAAAAUCAAGCUAUCUGUAUAUUCCUGUCCCUUUAAGGUGGUAAGGUCUAAUUGCUUAAAUCAAUUAGAAAUUUAUUACUCUUAGGCAGAUAGUUAGGUCAAUUGGAACCUAGAAUUAUACAAACAUAUGACUCCUUAAGUUAAUUAGAAGCACAUUUUGGUGGAAAAUUAUCCCUAUAGAUUGUAAAAUAAUUAACUUUGUGAAGAAGCGUGAUCCAGAAAUGCAUGUGUAAUGCAUAGAUUUUUCAUUCUAGUUUCAAAUAUAGUUUAGUGGACAAGAAAAGAUUUUUUGUUGGUGUGCAUGAAAGCUUAAAUAGAACUUCUUUGAUUUAGAUGAAUGGGAAAUUAUGUACUCUGCCCUCAUUCAUAAUGAAACUGGAGAACAUCUCCUACACAAAAGCCUCCUCUUCAGUUGCCUCUGAGUUUGAACUAUAAAAUUUGGAAACAAAAAGGAAAUGUGUGUUCUCUUAAGGAGCUUUGGUAUUACAAAGUUAAAUAAUAGGUCCACGAGAAAAGCUUUUUCCAAUCUAGAAGUCUGGCCAGGCUCACUUUUGCUCUGACAAGAAAUCUGAUUUCACAAAGCAUCUCUAUUUCUCCCAUUUAGUAAUGUACAUUGAAAUUACAUUUCUAUGAGGGAAUAAGAACUUUGUAGUUUGGAUAUAACUAUUCUGGAACCAUAUGAAUGCAUUUAUUCAAUGGUUUGUAUAACUAUGGAAUCUGUAAAUGGAAGUAAUCAUUUAAAUCUGGUGUAUAUAAAGCUUGAUAAACAUUUGUUAAAACAUUCACUAAUCAGCAGUUGGAAUAUUUUGAGUAUGCUACUGCCAAAAGAUUCUUGCUGGAGAGUUGCAGAAGAUUCGGUAUGAUGACACCAAAGAUGAGAAAUUUUAAUGAUAAAGAGGAACUGAGGAAUCAUUAACACCACUGAAAGAGAGAUUAAGAUAGAGAGAUUUAAAAUUAUUAAGGGUUUAGUGAAAUUAAUAGCAAGGAACAAAAUCAAAAAUGUUUAAUGUUGUCCCAAAAGGACUGCAUGUCACAGUUCUAUUUGCCAAACUUAUAGGAAGGAUGGGAUUGCAUUAGAGGGGGUGCAGAAGAGAUCCACCAGGAUGUGGGCUGAGCUAGGCUGGGAAGAUUCAGCUGUGGAGAGAGAUGAAAUGGCCUAAGCUUGUUUUCCUUUGAGUAAAACAGACUGAUUUAGAUGUAAUAAGGGGUAUAGAUAGGAAGAAACUUUUUCUGUCAGUAGAGGAGUUAAUAAUCAGGGGGCACAGUUUUAAGGUAAGGAGCAGGAGUUUAGAUGGGAUUUCAGGAAAAAGAGUUGUGGUAUUUGGAAUGUAUUGCCUAAAAGGAUGGUAGAGGGGAGACCCCGCAAAACAUUUAAGUAUUAUUUAGAUCAACACCAAAAACAAUCUGGUAUACAAGGCUACAGGUCAAGUGCUGGAAAAUAGGUUUAGAAAAUAGAUGGAUUUGGCAAAAGUGGGUACUGCAGAUGCUGGAGAUUAGAGUCAAGGUUAGAGUGGUGCUCAUUCCUGAUGAAGGGCUUUUGCCCGAAAUAUCGAUUUUCCUGCUCCUCGGAUGCUGUCUGACCUGCUGUGCUUUUCCAGCACCACUCUGAUCUUGACUUAGAAUAGAUCGAUGUUUAAUGACCUGUGCAGACAUGAUUUGCUAAAGAGACAAAAAUAGAAAUUGCUGGAAAAGCUCAGCAGGUCUGGCAGCAUCUGUGGAGAGAAAACAGAGUUAACGCUUCAGGUCAAGUGAUCCUUCCUCAAAACUAGUUCUGUACAGCAAUUUCUAUUUUUGUCUGAUUUACAGUAUCUGCAGUUCUUUUGGCUUUAAUGGGCUGAAAAUCCUCUUUCCAUGUUGUAAAACUGACAAAAUCUUAUUUUUACCUCCUUUAUUUGCAGAGUGAUACAAGGACAUGGACCUACAGUUAUCAAAAAUGUCCCUUUAUCAGCAUUUCUCACCUU